CGGCGGCGCGGGGUCCCGGGAACACCUGCCCCGCCUUGCGGAGCCGCCUCGGCCUGCGAGCCCCCUCCGGGUCUGGAGCCGCGGCCCCACCUCCCGAUCUUUUUAUCACGGCACCUCCUCCUGAGAGCCCGCCUUGAUUGCCUUCACCUCCUUUCCUGGAGACUUAGUGUCUCAGCAGAAGUUAAGUGGAGCCUUGUGCAAACGCCCUAGGGGUGUGCUGUUGGAAGGGGCACAGCCCUGGUGAUGCGGAAUUCUACACUCAGAUUCAUCAGUUUGAGUUGCCUGAGGCCCUGCAGCCCCGGGGACCAUGUUUAACGGGGAGCCAAGUCCAGUCACAGCCGGCACCUCCAGGAAUGUGGUUCGGAGCUCUAGCAUUAGCGGUGAAAUCUGUGGAUCCCAGCAAACUGGUUGUGGGACCGGUACCACCACCGCCAAGAAGCGACGUAGCAGCCUGGGCGCCAAGAUGGUGGCCAUCGUGGGCCUGACUCAGUGGAGCAAGAGCACACUCCAGCUUCCUCAACCUGAAGGGGCCACCAAGAAGCUGCGGAGUAACAUCCGAAGAAGCACGGAGACAGGCAUUGCAGUGGAGAUGCGGAGUCGAGUCACACGCCAGGGCAGCCGGGAAUCCACAGAUGGGAGCACAAACAGCAACAGCUCCGACGGCACGUUCAUCUUCCCUACCACCCGGCUCGGAGCUGAAAGCCAGUUCAGUGAUUUCCUGGAUGGGCUGGGACCAGCCCAGAUUGUGGGGAGACAGACGCUGGCAACACCCCCCAUGGGAGAUGUGCACGUUGCCAUCAUGGACCGGGGUGGCCAGCUGGAGGUGGAAGUGAUUGAAGCUCGGGGCCUGACUCCGAAGCCAGGCUCCAAAUCCCUCCCAGCCACCUACAUUAAGGCUUACCUGCUGGAAAAUGGAGCCUGUUUGGCGAAGAAGAAGACAAAGGUGGCCAAGAAGACCUGUGACCCCCUGUACCAGCAGGCUCUGCUCUUUGAAGAGGGGCCCCAGGGCAAGGUGCUGCAGGUGAUUGUCUGGGGAGACUACGGCCGCAUGGACCACAAGUGCUUCAUGGGCAUGGCCCAGAUCAUGCUGGAUGAGCUGGACCUGAGUGCUGCGGUCACCGGCUGGUACAAACUCUUCCCCACCUCCUCUGUGGCAGACUCCACGCUCGGAUCCCUUACCAGGCGCCUAUCCCAGUCCUCCCUGGAGAGUGCCACCAGCCCCUCAUGCUCCUAAGGACCUCACUCAGGACAAGAGGCUGGGUGGAGGUGUGGGAAGGGGGCCUGCUGGCCUUCACCUCCCCGCUGUACAUAGUCUCUGUGUCUCUCCGGACCCUUCACCCUGCUGCAUGUCUGUUGGCUACUGGGCUUGUCCCAGCUGGCAGUGGAGCCUGUAGUCUGUGUGUGCGUGCGUGUGUGGUUUGUGUCUGUGUCUGUGUGUGUAUGUGUGACCACAUGUGUGUGCCCACAUUAUAUCUGUUCAUUUGUCUGGGCACAGUCAGCCCUGGUGAACACAUGUCUCUUUGUAUCACACUGGAAAGAGGAGUGUUGUGUGGACACAACUCACUCCCAGGAGUUUCCAGGGGUGGAAGUGGGAGAUGGGGCCACUGGUCGGUUGAUCCUGCCUGGUCCCCUGCCUGGGGCAGAGCCCCACCUGUGCCUCCUCUUGGUGGUCUUGACUUGGUUUUUUUGUCUUGUCUUUUGUGUCACCCUUUGCCUCUCCCAGCAUUGCUGCUCUUUUUGAGGAAUGUAGCAUCCACUGCAGCUGGCCACAACUAUGCCCCUCUGGGAGCCCCCACACCCCCAUUCCAGCUGCUCUGGCAGCUCUCCCACUGAACACGUCUUGCAGCAUGUAGCAGCCAUCUAGCACCCUGGCCAGGGACCUAGGGGAGGCAGAGGACGCCCGGGGAGCAGAGGGCUUUGAGAUGGCUUUCUCCUUGGGUUAGACAUGCCUCCUUCCUAUAGGUAAGCACAAGGAGGUCUCAGUUCCCAGGGGUAUUGGCCAGAUACCCCAGCAGAAAGGGCCAGGUGCUCCCUUAGCCUUUGUUUGUCACCUCCUUUCUCCCUUCCAGCCUCCUCUCCUCUGACAUGCCAAAGGAGCUCUCCUGGUGGACCCAGGAGGUCUAAGGAGAUGUCACCUGGCAAAGCAGACAGCCUUCCUUAGACCCCGAGAGUAGCCGAUCUCUCUCUGGGCUCCUCCUUAGGGUGCAUGGCUUGGUAGGAGGUACUGAGGGUAGGGCUGUUUGGUAGAAUAGGAGGGCUGAGACUGACUGUUGAGAAUUCUGCCUGACCUUUGGGAAUUAGCUGCAUGAAACUGUUCAUUGGGAGCUCUUAUUUUUUGCUCAUUUCCAGACCAGGGUCACCGUCUGGAGUUCAGACACACUUGGGCUUCAGCCUCCUGGCUCCGUGAGCAGCCUGGCUCUGGACUCUGGUCUGCCACAGUCACCAGCUCUGUAUAAGCAAUAUUUCCCCUCUCAGCUUCCUUGCCUUCUCAUGCGCUCCCACUGCCCUCUGGGAAAUGGCCUGCUCUGGGUACACCAACUGUCGCUGCUUUAUUUCCUACCCUUGCCUGAGGCUUCUCUCAGCCACUCAGACACUGAGUUGAUUGCUAGGCCAUGUUGUGAGAACCAGGGCCUGGGCUGGACCCUGGGAGAUAUCUGGUGGGAGCCCUGAAGUCUGGCUCAGGAAUGCCACAUCUGUUCUUCUCCCUCCUCAGCUCUAGAGGGCGAAAGGCUGCCCAGGGGAUGGACAGAGCAGCCCUGGGUUCAAGGCUUUGUACGGAGGAAGCAGGCAGCAGGAGGGGCCAAGAUAUGGGGAAGGCUGACUUUCAGCUUCUUUUACAGCCACUGUGCCCAAGUACUGUGUACCUCCUGUCCAUGCCGUGGCUGGAGAGAGCUACUGAGGUAGCAGUGGAGGGGCCUCAGACCCAGCGCUGAGCUUUCAUUUGUACUAAAGCUGGAGGGGAAAGGCCAUCUCAGUCCAAAGGGCUUCCUUGUCUGGCAAGAUCCUCCCUGAGUGGAAGCCAGAGUCCUGUGACCUACCUCGCAAGGGAGGGAGGGAAAGAAGCCAGGAUCCAUUGGUUUUACACACCACAAAAGUAGAUAAGGGCAGAAGGAAAUGCACAGUUCUGUCUCUGAGCUGAGCCUGGAUUCUUGCAUUUUUGGAGAGAGCCACAAUAUGCAUGGAGGAGGGUGAGGAGGUGGCCAGCCAGUUUCUUCUUUGGGCAAAAGUGCUCUCCCCGCUUCUACUGGGAAAUGUAUAUGUUUCUUAUGUUGCUAAGAGUAGGGUAGAGGGCUCUAAAUGCUUUAACCCUAGUGGGAGAAAUACAGUACAGGGAGGAAUCACUUGCAAAAGGGUGUUUUUCCUCCCCUGUUUGUGGUGUGUUUACCUCUAGGGCAGUUGCCUUCUGGAUGGUCUGAAAAUAUACCUGGAGUGGGGGGAGUGCCAGUGAUCCACAGAUAGCACAGACCUGCUCAUGUGGCACUCAGUCACCCUCAGGAAAUGGGGCUGUCAGCACUCACAUGCCCCUAAGGGUCCAGGAAGGCCCUGGGAGAAGGUGGGAGCUUCCAGCAGGAAGGCUGUCCUGUGUCGCCCUGGGCCAUGGUGUCCUUGUGCCUGGGGUCAGCAGAAGGAAAGUUCUAGGCAGGCGAAGGGCCUGAUGUGCCGGAAACUCAGGCAGCCCUGCCUCUAGUCCCCAGCUGUGAAACAUGCCUGGGAGUUGGGCCACUUGGCUGGUCCACCUCUUAAUGGACAGUAAUUCCCUACAAAUUGGCCUUGGGAAGUUAUUCUUUUUAACUCUUUGCACCAAAUAAGUUACUAGUGUAGAAUCCCUUACCCCGCUGCCACCACCAAGGGUGAGGUUGUGUGAGGCUGCCCUGUGUAUAUGAGAGAGUGUGGCUGGAUUCAAGGGUCUGUUCUCAGCAUCCUGGAUACAGGGCUUGCUGAGAAGUCACUCUGGAGCUAACCUGUCCCAGAAGAGGGAGGUGUACAAGUUGACUCUGGCCUCCUCUGGGCUGGGAGGGGGUGGUGGGAAGGAAGGAACAUGAUCCUUCUGAGCUUCCCUACCAUAGGACUAAGUUAGAUGCCCCUUACCCCAGAUGAAAGCUAGCUAUGGUGGCAGCACAGGGCUCUUUGUCAUGCCAUCUCCUCUGGGCAGGCAGGAUCCAUUAGUGAUGUAGCAGAGACAGAAGUGGCCCUACAGUGAUGCUGGACUGUGGGCGGGGACAGUGAUGGAUGAUUCAGAGCAUCUGUCUUCACAUUUCUGCUCAGCUCAUUCUGUCCCACUUCCCUCAUAGACUCCUUCCCUACAGGGAAGUCUGCAGUGGGCCCUUAGUAUGCAGAAGGCUACACUAAAUGGGUCAAGUCUUGGUUUGACAAGGGGGAUUUGAACCCUCUUUGAAAGUACUCCCCAUCCAGUCUCUCUGCCACCCAUUUCCACUAGGUAAGGAGCACAUGCGAGGCUCUUGGGAUCCCACAGGCCCUCUGCAAUGCCAGCAUUUCAUGGGGCCCGAGACAGGAUGGAGGAGAGCUCCAGAGAGAGGGCCCUGGAUCGCUCCUCACUCUUGGAGCACUGCCGGCCAGAACACUGAGGUAAAGCCAGCUCUUCCAGGGGCUUGACUCCCACCAGGAAAAUGUGAUUGAGCUCUUCUUUACUGCCAGCCUUGAGAGCAAAAGCCUCUAUUUUUAAAGACAGGAGAGCCUCAAGGGCACUUCUUUGGAAAUGAAAUGUAGCACAAGCCCAGACUGCAUUACCAGGAGCUCUGACAUGCAUCCUGGGGCCUCCACUCCAGGCCCUGCUGCCCAGAGGGUGCCAAGCUCCUCUUCCCCUGGGGCUCUAGAGCUCCUAAUACCUCACAUUCCCCUUUACCCUUGGCUCAGAAAGCAGCAGGACCUUAAGAAGGCUGCUCUUCUGUGUUUCUCUGAUUGCUUCCAGCACUGUGCAAACUCUGGGCAAGAAACUGCUGCCUUUGCCUGAUGUUGUAAAUGAGUUGCUCUCCACCUGGGUGGGGAAAGGUGGCACUUUGUCCAGGGCCAUAAGGUUGUCUGGCAGUAUUUCUGCAGUGGCUGCCAGGAGGUGGAAAAGAGGCCUGCUUCCCUGCCUCGUUUCUUUCUCUUCCUCUCCUCACAGUUGUCUUCUCCAAUGUCCUGACAUAUACAGAGGUUUUUUAAAAUGCUGCUCCCACUACUGGAUUGUCUUUUGUUGGAUGAUCAGGGAGGAGAUGAAAAUGUAGAUCAUCCCCUGCCUUCUCCCUCCAGUCUGCUUCUCAUCCACAUCAGAGAAGACUGGGACAACGCAAAACAAUCACCUUGGAAGAGGAGGGGAGCCCCAUACAAUCAGAAGCAGCCUGACGGUGGUGGAAUUGGCCUGGUGUGGCUCAGAAAGGGUUAUUUUGAAAGAGUGCCUGAGCAUCUCAGAGCAAUGUCAGUGAUGCCAAAGAGAGCGACUUGGCCUCCUUGGGCACCAACUCUGGUGGUGGAGCUGCAUAAAUGCAGCUCAGAUGUUGGGAAGCCCAAGGGUGGAACCUUGUUCUCUGAUAAAGGGCUUAAUCUUUCCAUGUAGCAAAGCAACCCCCACCCCCACCCUCAACCCAAGCUUGAGGUUCUGCAGGCCCAGCAUGGCUGUGCUUGUGCAGGAAGCCACAUGAGUGAAAAAACUUGCAUUGUCCCAGGGGCCUAGACUAGCUUGAGAAGGUGCUCUUUGAGAAGCAUGAGUGCUAAUGCUUUGGAGAAAACUUCCAGGGCUGUGGCUGAAAACCUGGCCAGUACGGAUAGGGCCUUGGAUCUCCCAAGAAGUUCACAUUGAUGCCAGGAAGGGUCCCUUGGAAUUGGAUUUUUCCAGACUACCUGGAUAACAGAAAAGGGACCUGGGAAUUUCAGGGGCAGCUGAGCAUCUGUCUCCUUAGCCAAUGACCUGGACAGGGAUGGCUGCUCUAUACCAUUUUGCCAGAAACCGUCAUCUUCUACAAUACUGCUCACUUCUCUGGGCCUCAGCUUUCUUAUCUGCAAAAUCUGAGCAUUAGCUAGUUGUCCAUGGUUCCCUCUAGAACCUUUGGAAGUCUGAUCUGGAGCUGCUGAGAGUUGUGAGCUGGGUGCACCCGGCACAUAGUUCCAAAGGCAGAUUUCAUCCCGCCCCUGGUACCCAAGCUAGGCCUAGGUCCUCAUCUGGUCUACGCCCAGAUGCUGCCUCAACAACUCUGGGAAUCUUAACAGACUCUGCUUUCACCUCUUCAUAGAUUUUUCUCCCUCCUUUGCUCUUGCAUCACCAUGAGAAAUAAUUAAGGGUUGUCUACAAUGGACAAUUUUCAAGGUGCUGAUGUGUCACAACCUCAGUUGUGUCCCCAACAGCAGAUGAGGCUUGGUUGUUCCUCAUUUCUACUUCGACAUGACAGCAAUGGGAAGAGUUGAAGAUCCGAGAAUUUUAAAGGAAAUGCUUUCAGAUGGGAGGAGAGAGGGAACUGAUUUCCCAUCCAAGUAUUUUGCUUUUUAAAACCACUCUUUCCUCCAAAAUGUCUUUUACCAGACAUCAUCUCAGAAAGCAGUGGCUGCUUCCUUAAGGAAAGCAGGCCUGAGAGUUCUGUCAACUCCUUUAGUAUGUAAACUCACAGAAGGCAGGAACCCCUUUUUUUAGACUUUCCAAAAGCAUCCUGCAAAAAGAGAGAUAGCAGUUAGGGACUGACAAGCACACUGUUUAGAUAAGAAGCAAUUAGCCUUUUAUAUCUGUGCUCUGAAUUUUCUAUGUGCAGCAUCUUUCCAAACUCUGAUUCCUGGGUGGCAGGUGAACAGCUGGGAGGGACUGCCGGCUGUUUUACACAAUGUUCUUGCCAAUUCCCUUAAGGAGAAAAGUCUUCACAUGGCUUCUGCAUGUACAGUAUUUGGGCAGCAAAAAAUGAUUAAAGUCCAUUUGAAAUUAGU